GGUUCUGCAGUGUUCCAGGCAGCGAGUUUUGAAGCAGGAUGGGAAAAAGACGCUGUGUUCCUCCACUUGAGCCCAAGCUGGCAGCUGGCUGUUGUGGGGUAAAGAAACCCAAAUUGUCUGGGAGUGGAACGCACAGUCAUGGGAAUCAGGCCACAACUGUACCAGGCUCCAGUUCAGGUCCUCUUCAGAACCACCAGCAUACAGACGGGAAUAAUGGAAGGGAGAACGUAUCUGACUUGACUUUGGGCCCAGGAAAUUCCCCAAUUACUCGAAUGAAUCCCACUUCAGGAGCUCUGAGCCCACUUACUCGGCCCAAUGGAACUGCCAACAGCACCAAGAACCUGGUGGUGACAGCGGAGAUGUGCUGCUACUGCUUUGAUGUACUCUACUGUCAUCUCUAUGGUUUCCCUCAGCCACGACUUCCUCGAUUUACCAAUGACCCCUAUCCACUCUUUGUGACGUGGAAGACGGGGCGAGACAAGCGGCUUCGUGGCUGCAUCGGGACCUUUUCAGCCAUGAAUCUUCACUCAGGACUCAGGGAAUACACAUUAACCAGUGCACUUAAGGACAGCCGAUUUCCCCCCCUGACCCGCGAGGAGCUGCCCAAACUCUUCUGCUCUGUCUCCCUCCUCACUAACUUUGAGGAUGCCAGUGACUACCUGGACUGGGAGGUUGGGAUCCAUGGGAUCAGAAUAGAGUUCAUCAAUGAGAAAGGUGUCAAACGCACAGCCACGUAUUUACCUGAGGUUGCUAAGGAACAAGACUGGGAUCAGAUCCAGACCAUAGACUCCUUACUCAGGAAAGGUGGCUUUAAGGCUCCAAUUACCAAUGAUUUUAGGAAAACGAUUAAACUUACCAGGUACCGAAGUGAGAAGGUGACAAUCAGUUAUGCAGAAUACAUGGCUUCCCGUCAGCAUUGUUUCCAGAAUGGCACUCUUCAUGCCCCCCCCCUCUACAAUCAUUACUCCUGACACACGGCUGCAUGACCAGUCCCACUCCCCAGUUGCUGCCAACGGCUACGACAUCAUUGGGGCAGAUGCCUCCUCUUCCUGGUCCAGUUACUUCUAUUACUGCACCAUUUUAUGAUGCUAGCUUCCGUUGCCAAGUCUGCCUUCCAGCUGACCUGGGGGGAGGAUGAGAGCAUGACAGAACUUCAGGGGCCCAAGCCUUAUCUCAGCCUUCCCUCCGAACGGGGGUUCAGUUGGAUUGGGGCUCCAUGCCUAUGAACUGUCGUGAGGUGCAGAAGACCUCUAGGAGUGAAAGUGCCACUUCGGACUGAUCUGUUCUUGUGUGUUACUGACACUCCGGAAACUUGAGUUGUUCGUUAUGGAAGCCCCCCAGAUCAAGUAGGAGCAUUCCCCUGGCAGCCUGGGCAACGGAGUCCAACAAAACAUUUUUUAGGUUCUUUUUAAUUUUUUUUAACCUCUGGUAUCUGUUGUGUACCGAGAGCUGAUUGCAGUCCCCACGCAUCACAGGCGGACAUUAUGAUAUUGGGGAGGGUUGAACAUCUGGAUAGCACCCCAUCCUCAUGGACAGAAAACACUUAAAGAUGUGAAAAACCUUUGGAUGGUAUUGCAGAUGAAUCCAUUAUUUAAAUAAACCCUAGAAGGCUUUAAUUAUCAGAUUCUACUGUAGGUUGGAUUCUCUAGAAAUCCUCUUGGUUUACAGUUUUCUGGGUUUUUAGACAGUGCUUUGUAAUGUAGCCUGCUAUGAAAUAGAAUGCUGUUAUGCCUGUAAGAGAGCAACAUGGCACAUACUGUGUAUGCGAAGGACAAGGUACUUGAGUGUCCCUGUACAGUCUUCUCUGUUACGACCAAGUUUUGUGUCCAAACAUUUGUAACGGAGCCUGGUUGGAUUAGGGAUGGGGAGGGAUUUGCAGGGCAUUGACUGUAGUCAUACAAGUGAGACUAGUGACUGAAAUUUGUUUAACUUAAGCUAACAGUCUCGGGGACCUUCCUUUUGAUAGGACAGCCACUUUCUCUGGUGUGACUAUCGAUCUUGAGAACUGUGAGUAUUCCAGUUUAUAGCAGGCCUAUGGAAUACAGCUAUGUAGUUUCACUGGUAAGUUAUUAUCUUACACAGUUUAGUCAUUACCACAUCAAGGCAAUGAGUGGGGAAACCUGUGUUACCCAAACUGUGUGAAACUCAUGUGCAUUCUGUAUUUCUUCUCCCAUCAUUGAUGAUUACAAGAAAUAUUCUCAUCUAAGAGGAAGGUAACUUACCCAGUUGUUUAUUCUGCAGUGUCAUUGAGGGAUGUCAUAAACUCUAAAUUAUGACUCCCAAUGAGGUCACUAGACUUCAAAAUUUGUUUUGUUUUUUUGUUUCUGUUUUGUUUUCCAAGUUUCUGGAGGGUCAACAAUGAUCAGGAAGAAAAUACAAGUGCAUAGCAGAGACAUGGCUAUUUGGUUGCAUAUAUCUUGAAAGUUCGUUUGUGUGUGGUAAUGAUGGCUUUUAAAAUUGGCUGGUGUUUCAAGCCUGAAAUUCUCUCCUGGCAUGGCAGGGAAAUAGGGCUGGUAGAAAGCUCAGAACUGCAUGCUGCUGCUCCUUCUGGUCCUAGAGAAGCAAACAGAAUUGUGCAGUUUUGCUUCAUGUUGGUGUAACGUCCUCCUACUGGAGGAGAGAGACGUGAGGGAAAGGAGGGGGUCCUAUUCUGGAUAACGGUGCAAUAUCGACCCAGCUUUCCUCCUGUACUGGGUCAUUCUUAUAAAUUGCCACUUUUCCCUUGUGAUGUUGUUGAAAAGCAAUUGAAGAUUAAGGGAUUGUUUCAUGAUUUCCUGCUGCUGAGAAUAAAUCGGUCUUGUUACAAACUCGAGUGGUUUGUAAUUACUCUCCCAGGUGCCGUGUAGUGAUGGGGGAGGGUGGGGUCAGCUCUGGACAUACCAUUCACCUUUCAGCUGUCAAACAGUAUGAUACAUAGGGCUACACUCAUUACUGUUCAAGUGUUCUAUGUUAGAAUUUAAUUUCUAAAAGGUUUAAAAAAAGCAAAAAAAUGGUGCUAAAACUUCACCCCUGAGCACGCUCAGUGAGACUGGUCAUGCAGGCAUAUAGUGCCAGGCUUUUCAACAAUAUUGUUUCUUUUUCAAAUGUUUGCCCUGUUCUGUGUCUUCAACAGUGUAUAGUGUUUUCCUGAUUUCAUUUUAUUUGAAUAGGGGAUGACUAAGGGGUGGGGUGGGGAGGGUUAGCUGUCAUUUUUAAAGAACAGAAUUUUAGGAUUGAGUGACUUGGUUGGUUUAAGGCUGAAGUGGGCUAGAUGGUUUGGGACUGGGGAAGCCUUAUCCUCUCCCACUUCCAUUUCCCCACUCCGUCUGUUUAAAAAGAAAAACAAACAAAAAUGCCUCUAAAUAUGUACUGUGUUCUUGUCUUGUUGCAGUGAGAAGAGAAGCUAGCAAAUCAGAAACACUGGUCUGCUGCCUAAGAAACAGGCCCUCUCAGCUUUAGUCCCAUAAGGGUCCAGCUAUAAAAUCAGUUGAAAAGUGUCAAUAGUUAAGUUAGCUCAGAAAAAUGUAUGACAAGGACAGGUGGUCUCAGGAAAUAACCCCAUUUCUAGAUCAUUACAUGGCAGCUAUGCAUAAGGAUGAAAGAGGUGAACUAGAAACAAAAUGUACUUUGAGUUGCCUCACGAUGGAGGCAACCGAAAUCAAUGACCAACUGAUGUAAGAAUUCCUCUGUGGUUACUUGGCUGGGACAGCAGGUUAGAACUACUUCUCAAAGCAACUGUUAACCUGGUUUGAUCUGGAUUUAACUCAUCCUUAGAAGCAAGUGCCUUUUGGUCUAGAAGGGCUUAUUCUCAUGACAACCACAACUGAGAAAUAAUCUCACUGCAAUUAUGAAUUGUCUUUGUUUUACAGUAACUACAGGAGAAUGUCUUUGAUCACUGGAGUCUGUCAGUGUUGGAAUGUUUCCACUGUGAAGUUCUUAAUUUUUUUUUUCAUAAUGUUCAACAGUCAAUCUCAACUGAGGCCAUUUCAGUUUGGGAACGUUUUGCAGUCAAAAUAUCACAUAUCUACAAUUUAUCAGAACAAAAAAAAAUCUGUAAGAAAAUCUAAGAGUUCAUUUUAACCUUUGCACAGAAUAAUUUGUUUUCAUAGUACAUUAACAAACAUCAGCAAUCUUCACUGACUAGUAAUGCUGUUUUCUGUUUGUAUUCUGGAAACUACAUGUUGUUUUGUUGGGUUUUUUUGGUUAAUUUAUUUCCUUAAAGCAGGAGACCUCUUUUGACCUUCAGUGCAGAGAUGUCAGACCAAUUCUUUGUAUUACACUUGGUUGCCUCCUACCUAUAUAAUAACUUCUGAGUGUAAAUAAUUGAACUCUAUCCUCUAAUGAAGUAUUGUAGAGAAUAAAUCAUACUGGA